AUGGUCUUCUCGGGCCCUCCAGGCGUCAACUCGCCGCACCCGUCGCUCCCUGCACGGCCACCUCCGUCGUCUGUCAGCCCGGCGCCGAGCUCCUCCACCCCGACCACGACAUACGGGCCGAGCGCACCGCCAGCCACAUCCUAUGGCGCACCAGCAGCAGAGACCGCAGGGCCCAAGCUGGGGUACUCGCGGACGUAUGCCCCCGUAGGCACCGAUGCCGGCCGCACCUACAACACUUACAACAACAGCAACAACAGCAACAGCGCCUACUCCUACCCCCAGAGGCAACCGCAAGGACCGAGCUAUGGCCCCAGUGCACCUCCGGCGACGAGCUAUGGGCCCCAGUACGCCCCAACGCAGUACGGGCCACAAGCACCACCGGCCGGUGCGGGCAUUGGCCCACAAGCGUACGGCCCCACGGCACCGCCUCCGAUCCAGAACCCGUUCCCUGCCCAUGGCCCGCAGCAACCGCAGCAGACCUAUGGCGCUGGUGCUGGGGCUGGUCGCGGCGGGGGCUACCGACAGAACAACAACAACUGGCAGGGUGGAUACGCCAAUGCCAACACCAAUGCGACUGGUGCUCCAACGUCGUACGGACCCAGCUAUGGCCCCAGUUACGGACCCAGCUACGGGCCUACCUACGGCCCCAGCUACGGCCCGACAGCAGCUGCCGCUGGAGCCACGGCCGUGACGUACGGACCGGACGGCAUGCCGGUUCCAGCAGACGCUGCCGUUGGGGAUGACGCGUCGGGCGACGCGGACGGCGGCGACGGCGGCAGCAGCGCCAAGGACAAGGACAAGAAGCAGAGCACGGUGUACCGGUCGGGCGGCGGCAAGACGUGGACGGACGACUCGCUGCUCGAGUGGGACCCCAGCCACCUGCGGCUGUUUGUGGGCAACCUGGCGGGCGAGGUGACGGACGACACGCUGCUCAAGGCGUUUUCGCGGUGGCGGUCGGUGCAGAAGGCGCUGGUGAAGCGGGACAAGUGGACCAAGAAGUCGCGGGGGUACGGGUUUGUGAGCUUCAGCGACGCGGACGACUUUUUCCAGGCGGCCAAGGAGAUGAACGGCAAGUACAUUGGCAGCCAUCCGGUGGUGGUGCGCAAGAGCACGACCGACAUCAAAGUGACGCCGUUCAAGGACGAGACGACGGGCCACGGCGGCGGCGGCGACAAGAAACGCUUUGGCAAGAACCGCAACAACAACAAGACCGGCGGCGGCGGACACAGCACGCCGGGCGACGUGUCCAGCACGGGCGCCACCAACAGCGGCACGAGCACGCCUCUGGGAGGUGGUGCCGCAGGGGCCGCCGGCAAGAACAACAGCGGCAGUGGUGGCUUUGGCAAAAAGUCCAAGGCGUCCGGGUACGAGCCGGCCCUGGGCCCCGUGUCGUCGGGCGUGCACAAGCCCAAGAAGACAAAGAACGGGCUCAAGCUGUUGGGUUAG